GAGCCAAUCAGAGGAGCUGCUGGGCCUGAUGCUCUGCUGCGCUGUGGUCAGUUUCCAGCAGAAUCUGAUCCUGUAACACAAACUCAGUGUUCAGUUUCAUCGCUGAGCUGCUGUUCGUCUCAGCAGCUUAUUCAGGAGCAGGUAGUACUACGGUUAGUACCACAGAGAACUGCAGUAGAACAAAUAUUAGCAUCAUCACGUACAUCUUUAGUAUCAGGUUAGUUAUGUUAGUGUGACAUAAGGCUGUGGCAGAAAAAGCAGUACUGUAAUAUUACUAGUAGUAGUUGGUAGUUGUUGGUGAUGACAGACCGCAGGCUGGACUACAUCGAGCUGCUUCAACAGGAAGUCAACAAGAAUCCUGACAGGCUGGUGGAUGUGACGAAGGAGGAGGAGCAGGAGGAGGCUCCUCCACCCUGCAGGACCCUCCCACAGCCCUGCUCCAUCCCCAGGACUCUGGUCAUCCCCCCGGGCCUCGGAGGGACACCGGUCACCCCACAGCUCACGGAGAGCCUGAGGAGGAUUCUGUUUGGUGGAACGUUUCACGUCUUCAACUACGAGUGGAGGAAAUCUUUCUUUCAGUUCAGAGAGCCGAACUCGGAGUUGUCCUACGCUCUGGAGACUGACAGGGGCGGGGCUCGGGCCAUUCAGAUGGUCGUCCAGGCUCGUAUCAUUAAAUACUUGCUGUUCGUCCGGCCGGGCAGCUCGGACGGUCGGACGCUGCACAGUCUGUGUGACGUAGGACAGAAGGAUCAGGAGAGGGCGUUGGCGGCGGCGUUGGCCGACAGCCUCUGGUUGGCCGGCCAGGAGGUCAGCGCCACCGUUACCUUGGUAGCCGAAGACUACUGCAUCACGCCUCACCUGGACUACAAACUGGACAACUUCACAGAGAGGCUGCAGCUGUUCACAUUUCAGGAGAAGGAGGACGUCAGGAGCUUCAUCCUGGAGCACAUCCAGCGUUUUAAAGAGGAGGGAAGUCACGGCGUCAUCCUGUUCCUGUACAGCCUCAUCUGCUCCCGGACAGUCGACAGGCUGAAGGAGGACAUGGACUCGAGCACCUCCCACCUGCUGCACCUCAGUCUGGGAAACUUUGUCUGUCGUCAGGCUUUGCUGAACCUGAUGCUGACAGGCAGGGCCAGUCCGCAGGUCUUCAAUGGGACUCUGUACUUUGGGGAGGACGGCCGGCCUCUGGAGCGCCCCCUGCAGGGCGUCCUGUCUCGCAGCGAUGUGGGGUAUCUCCACUGGAGCCGAGAGCAGAUGGAGCGAGGCAGACUGCCGCAGGUGGGCAGCAUGCUGAAGACCCCCAGGUUUCCGGUCUGGCUCUGCUGCAUCAACAGCAGCUUCUCGGUCGUGUUCAGCCUGACCCGCUCGCUGCUGUCUGACUGGAAGAUGGAGCACCUGUUCCAGCUUCACUACUACAACGGCCAGAACUCCCAGAGAACCACGGCCCGGCUGACUGUAGAUACUCACUCCCACCACUGGGAGGCGUCGGCCAGGGACUCAGACGGAGACCCAGAGAGGAGGUUCCCCUCCCUGGAGAUGACCAUCAGGACCAAGUGGGCCGGAGCCGCUAUAGACUGGAACGGCACCCUACCUUUCUACUGAAGACCUGCAGCAGCGUGAAGAUCCACCAAUCAGCCCCGAGCCCAUCUGGACCUGGGUCGGGUCUGUGUCACUUUGAACCGGGUUCAGGUCCCAAACUUGUCAUUUCUGCACAAAGGACCUUCACCUGAUCCAGAGCUGAAGUCGGUCUCCUCUUCUCCAAAACAAGCGGAACAGCUGAUUGCAGCAGGUAA